AUGUCGAGUCGUUUGCAAAAUUGGCUACUAUUGUACAAGAUGGGCUAUGAGAAGGUCCGUUUGCUCAUACGAUUCCGACUUGCCUUCUUCUCCUUCCGCUCCUGUCUUCCAGCUCCUUCCUCCUCUUCUCAGGUCUUGAAAUCUUUUGAAAUCUUUCUCAAAACUGUUUGUAUAGAAACAACUGUGGUAACCCGAUCCGAGCCGAUGAGUUUAUAAAAAGGCGAUGGACUCGGAAGCUUCAUCAAUCGAAAAUGAAACGCUUGUGGAUUUGAUCUCCACUACGGAGAUGGCCAUUUCCAGCGAAAUUGAAGAAUGCUACAAUGAUCCUGCUUUCACAAUUUUCACUUACACGGUAUGGAUUCGUUUCUGAAAGAAAUUUUGCAAUCUUUUUGAAUAGAAAACUUUUUUAAAUACUAUUAAUGAGACAAAUAAAUGAGUAGACUAUAUGACUUUACGAAAUUUAGGUCGACGAUAUGUUGUUAGCAGCCAGCAUGGCGGCCACUGUUUUCAACGUGAUGGUGAUUUUCUGCGCAAUAAAACUGUUCAAAAGAAGCGGAGACACGAUGCAUCUGUUCAUUUUGAAUAUGACUAUCGGCGACCUUGUUCUCACAAGUUGAUGAAAAAGACACUAUCUUGAAAUGCUUGCUUCUUUUAGUUUUUUGUCAUCCGAACGAACUUCUCAUCAGAAAACAUGAGUUCCUGCAACAGAAACAUCUCUGCGCCGUGGUCCAUUAUUUCAAUUGGAUUGGACUUGCUGUAUCAGGACUGUCAUUAACUCUUUUGAACGUUGAUAAGGUUGAUUAAAGUUUGCGAAAAUUCUACCUUUCUUUUAACUCCAGCUAAUUUAUUUCCGUUGGCCUCUAAACUAUGAUCGGUCGAUGUCAAAAAGAAGAGCUGCUAUGUUCUGCCUCGCAAUUUGGACCGUUUCAAUUGGGUAUCUUUCAAAAAAAUAUAAAGCUUCAUCGUAACUAUUCAGAUUCGUCUCAUACUGCUGGAUGUUUAAAAUUGUCUACAUUUUUCAUCAAGACUGCUCUCUUCAGGUCUGAGUUUCAAUUUCAUUGAGAAAGACGCUGAAUUCAAAUUUGAAUUAUUACAUGUAUGAAACCUAUUUUUAGAAGUUGGCAACAAUGCGACCAAUAGCAUUACCUGAAUUGGUAAGAUGUCACUCAAAACACACCUAAAAAUGCACUUUUUGUGUUCUACUAACCCUUUUACUUUCUAACCACCUAACAUCUUAUAAGCUUCUCACUAACUUUUGAACUUCAGAUGUCUUCGGGAAAGAAGUUCUACUACGAGAUAUUCACGAUGCUCUUUUGUGUGCUGCCAGUGACGUCAUCAUUGAUAGUUUCAAUGUACCUUUUCAAUCUGACGAGAAAGAAGAGAAACGCUAGAAACAACGGCGGGGACACUAACGCUUUCAAAAACAAAGCAAGUCUUUGUUGUUGCUGCUGUAAUCAUAAUCAUAUCUUAAUUAAGUAUGUUAAGAUGAAAUCUCUCGCUUUUAUUUUUGCAACCACCGCUUGGACUUCUUGUAGUCUCUUGCCUUAUCGAAUCGUUAACUUGGCCCGGAUCCAUUUGUUCACGUGAGCCAAUGAUCAUUGAGAUUUUGAGGAGCUAAUAAUGUUUCUAGAUGGUCGGAACUGAGUUGCGAAGGAAAACAGAUGAUGAACUGGAUCGCUUGGGUAUUAGUCUACUUGCUCACUCUCAAUCCGGUAAGAUUCUCUGAUCAACUGAAAUAAACAGAACUUGUUUUAGAUCGUCAACCCAUUGAUAACGUCUCUCAUUUAUGCACCAUACCGCCUCACGAUCAAAAAAUUCCUGGUGAAUAUUCCGGUUGGAAAUCGACCACUUUAUACCUAUCAAGCCGCAGACAACGUGCCGUCAGAUAACAGGCCGGUUUCAAAUUUGGAAAAAAAAAGAAAAGACUUUUUGGAGUUAGUUGUAACAAUAGUAGAAGAGUCGGAGCGGAUUGUUGUAGGGGAAACAUUUUAAUGAAUUUGAAAGUUUGUACGCUUACAGCUUUGUCUCCGUCCGCCGCAACCGUAAUCGACGAUCUUCAGUGACAGAACUUGCAAGUCUAAGGCAAUCAACAGAGGUUACAAACUGUGUUUUCUGUCCUCUAACCAAUUUUCGAUUUCACAGGUCGUUAGGAUGUCUGUCGGUGACCCAUGCACCCCUUCAAAACCAAAUGAAGGAAACUUCCAAUUCCAAGCAGCAAAUUCCGAUCCAAAAACGCCUAGUUAA